CGACCAAACAACGCGUCUGUUAGAGAUGGUCGCCUCCGGGGUUACUGGUCGCACGAGACCAACAAAGGUCAAGAAACAAGCCAACGUCCAGAAGAGGAAACGCGACGACGUGGAUGUGGAGAAGCUCGACGAGGCAGUUGGAGAGUUGGACCCCAAAAAUGGCUCGUACAAAGACUUCACCGACCUCCCUCUCUCAGACCCCACCAAACAAGGCUUGAAGUCUUCGCAUUUCGCUGUCAUGACAGAUGUCCAAGCCAAGGCCAUUCCUCUUGCUCUGAAAGGCCACGAUAUCCUCGGUGCAGCGAAGACUGGGAGCGGAAAAACACUUUCUUUCCUCAUACCCGUCCUCGAAAAUCUAUACCGACUACAACACGUUGGCACAGAUGCAGGCUUGGGUGCGUUGAUCUUGGCGCCAACUCGAGAGCUGGCAAUCCAGAUCUUCGACGUACUCUGUAAGAUUGGAAAGCAUGGACAUAUGUUCGCAGCCGGGCUGUUGAUAGGAGGAAAGAGUUUGGAAUCUGAACGACAGGCUCUAGUCAGGAUGAACAUUGUUGUCGCAACACCAGGACGUAUGCUUCAACAUCUCUCGCAAACAGCUGCCUUCAGCGUCGACGAUUUGAAGAUGUUGGUGCUGGACGAGGCAGAUCGCAUCCUGGAUAUGGGCUUUCAAAGGGACGUGGAUGCUAUUAUCGAAUAUUUGCCCAAGGAGAGGCAGACGCUACUUUUCUCCGCUACACAGUCAAGGAAGGUCUCGGACCUAGCACGUUUGAGUCUCCAGGACCCCGAAUACGUAUCCGUUCACGCCGAGGACAAGAGCGCAACACCUAAGGGCCUAACACAGAACUACAUCGUUUGUCCUCUGGAGGAAAAGCUGGAUACUCUCUGGAGUUUUAUACAAGCCAGCAAGAAGUCUAAGAUCUUGUGCUUCUUCUCAUCAGCCAAAGUAGUACGCUUCGUGUACGAGUCUUUCCGGCACAUGCAGCCUGGUAUUCCGUUGCUGCAUAUUCACGGACGUCAAAAACAAGGUGCGAGGCUGGACACGACCGCGAAGUUCUCCGCAUCAAAAAACUCGUGCCUAUUUGCUACAGACGUCGCAGCUCGAGGCCUAGAUUUUCCGGCUGUGGAUUUCGUGAUACAAGUUGAUUGCCCAGACGACGUUGAUACGUAUAUUCACCGUGUUGGCCGUACAGCGCGGUAUAAUCGCGAAGGACGUGGUGUUUUGUUCCUGGCGCCCACCGAAGAGGAGGGAAUGCUGAAGCGUCUCGAGGCGAAAAAGGUGCCUGUCGAGGUGAUAAACGUUCGACAAAAGAAGAGACAGUCCAUCAAAGAACAACUACAGAACAUGUGCUUCAAGGACCCGGCGCUCAAAUACCUCGGCCAGAAGGCGUUUAUGACGCACGUCAAGUCUAUCUACCUGCAAAAGGAUAAGGAGGUGUUCAAGCUCAAAGAAUACGAUUUGGAGGCAUAUGCGGCAAGUCUAGGAUUGCCAGGAACUCCUAGGAUCAAGUUCAUGAAGGGCGAUGAUACCAAACAGAGGAAACAGGCUUCACGACAAACAAUUGAAGUUUCUGACGCUUCAGAAACUGACGACGAGUCGACGAAGCAGACAAAGACUGUGCGCACAAAGUACGACCGCAUGUUCGAGAGGCAGAAUCAAGACGUCUUGGCCGACCACUACAAGAAACUUGUCAGAGACGGAUCCGAAGAAGGAGUCUCGGCCUCUGCAAACGACUUUACCGGUGACGGAGCCGCUGCUGCUGGCGACGACGACGACUUCAUGGCUAUCAAACGAAGGAUCCCCGCUGACUCAGAUGGCGACGAUGACGAAGACUUUGGUGCAACCGCAGACGCCGACGGAUCUGCUGUACCCGGUGGUCGACUCGUGCGUCUCGCCGGCGCAUCCCAGCCCAUUGUUAUCGACAGCAACCGGCGCGAGAAGUUGCUCAAAUCCAAGAAGAAGCUUCUCCAGUUCAUGGACAAGGGCAAGAGACUCGUCUACGACGACGAUGGCAACCCGCAUGAAGUCUACGAACUGGAGAACGAGGCCGACUUCCGCGCCAGGGGUCUCCCUGAAGAACAACGCAAGAAGUUCAUCGAGGCAGCGAGACAGGUCGUCGAGGAGGCGGAUGUGGAUGACAAGGCUGCGGCCAAGGCGAAGCGGAAGGAGAAGAUCCAGAAACGAAAGGAGAAGGAGAGGGCGAAGGCGGAGGGUGGGGAUGGCGGUGCAGAGGUGGAAGAUGGCGGGGAAGAUCCAUUGGCGAACUUCAUCGCAGAUGCGGAGAGUAGUGGGGAGGAGGAAGAAGUGGCGGUGGAGAAGCCCAAGGAGAAGAAGCAAAAGAAGUGGUUCCAGUCCGACUCUGAGGACGAUGAUCACAACAGCAAAAAGAGGAAGAAGAGCAAGACUGCGAGGCAGGUGGUGGAGCAGCCCGAGACGUUGGAGGAUAUGGAGGCGCUGGCUGCUGGGCUACUGGGUUAGUUAAACGGGCUACUGAAACUCUCUUCAAGUAUGUUCUUUUGCAUCAUGGAUGGUCAAUCUAGCAUGCAUCAAGUCAUCUAAGCUUUCGCGAAUGUUACAAUUAUAUCUCGU